AUGACACCCCAAACGGAGCAAAGCUCUCUCAAGCGCGGCAGGGAUCAGAAGAAACCACGGCGUUCUCAAAGGAUCAUAUCACAGCAAUCUCAGGGUACCCCAAUCAAUGACUCAUAUCUUCCUACGCCGAUGACCCGCCAAGCUUCAACUGCUACAGACAUCAGGAAAGAAACAACAGCGACCCCACCGAAACCCUCUGCCCAAGCUCGUUCUCACACUCCACCCGAGUCAGUACAGUUUCCAGAAUACUCUUCGCCUCCAGGUGAUACCCAGGCAUUCUCUCAAUUCGUAUACCCACCCAGAGCUUUCGCAGAUGAGGUUCAAGAUGAGGCCGAGGAGGGGGUUUGGGGAUACAUAAUCCCUCUUGACGAUAAAGUUCGAGAUGCCCUUGUAUUGAGAAAGAGAGGAAGCUGUGAAGGCGGCUCAUCCAGGUCCAACAACUCCGGAAAGGAUGCCCGGGCGGGGUGCGGGCAAAACAAAGAAAAGGCCCCGACCCCUGAUCUUGUUCUUAACAUCCCCACUAUUUCCAAUCGACACUUCCUAAUAUUCUUGGAAAACCGGAAAGGGGACACCGUCGCAAUUUUGGAGGACCUGUCCAGCAAUGGCACGUUUGUCAAUGACGCGAUCAUCGGGCGAAAUAAACAACGCGAACUAGAAGACGGCGACGAGAUCACAAUCUUAGAUGAAGCGCGCUUCGUCUUCCGGUAUCCUCGGACGAGGGACACGAAUGGGUUCCGCCAACAGUACAGGAUUUUACAACAGCUCGGUAAAGGCCAUUUCGCGACCGUUUAUCUCUGUGUAGAGCGUUCAACGGGCACCCAAUAUGCUGUGAAGUUAUUCGAAAAACGCCCUGGCGAUUCCCAGAAGUCCCAGGCCGACCCUUUACAUCAGGAGAUUGGUCUUUUGAUGAGUGUCAGUCACCCGAACUUAUUGUGUCUCAAAGAUACUUUCGAUGAGAACGAUGGUGUGUAUCUUGUUCUGGAGCUUGCCCCGGAAGGCGAGCUGUUCAAUCUCAUCGUCCGAAAACAGAAAUUUUCAGAGAAUGAGGCUAGACACAUUUUCUUGCAACUUUUUGAGGGCUUGAAGUACCUUCAUGACCGCAGAAUCGUCCAUCGUGACAUCAAGCCCGAAAAUAUUCUUGUUGCAGACAAGAAGAUGACAGUGAAGCUCGCCGACUUCGGUCUUGCCAAGAUUAUUGGGGAAGAUUCAUUUACGACGACCCUAUGUGGAACACCUAGUUACGUUGCUCCGGAAAUCCUACAGGAAUCUCGCCGCCGACGGUAUACCAAAGCGGUUGAUAUUUGGUCACUUGGUGUUGUCCUUUACAUAUGCCUAUGUGGCUUUCCGCCAUUUUCCGAUGAGCUUUAUACGGCUGAAAACCCGUAUACUCUGGCGCAACAGAUCAAAAUGGGACGUUUUGACUAUCCAUCCCCUUACUGGGAUUCCGUGGGCGACAUUGCUUUGGACCUCAUUGAUAGAAUGCUUACAGUUGACGUUGACAAAAGAAUAACGGUCGAGGAAUGCCUAGAGCAUCCCUGGCUUACGGGAAAGCACAUCCAGGUCUCAGAUAGCACCGACGGACUCACUGGGGCGCUGGGAAAGCUGGACUUCUCGAAACGGAAAAUCUCGCGUGAGCGAACUCUUCUCAGCAGUAUCAACGACAUCGACUUCAGUGAGCGUACAGAGGGCAAUGGGGCUCCGGUCAAGGUUUUCCACAAGAACAAUACAGGAAAGCGCUUGCAUAAUCGGCAAGCCAAAGUCUCCCAGCCACAAUCCCCCGGUGACAAGAGUGCGCCCAGGGAUUUCGUCAAUCUCGGCGAGAAAGGGGAUCCCGCUUUGUUUGAGGAAGACCCCACUAGGGGUCUAUUCCCGAUUAUCACUAAACGAACUAUGAGCUACAACAUCUGCGAGCACUGCUCAAAUUUGCCCUUGAGCGUGCUUGUUGGAGUUGGACUAUUUACUGUCGUUGCUCUUUCAGUUUUCGUCAAUGUCUUCAGACAACUUCUGUUCAAGAAUCCGAACGAACCCCCCCUGGUUUUCCACUGGUUCCCUUUCGUCGGUAGCACUAUUAGCUAUGGCAUGGAGCCUUAUAAGUUCUUUUUUGAUUGUCGCAAAAAGUACGGCGAUAUCUUCACCUUCGUACUCCUCGGCAAAAAGACGACAGUCUAUCUAGGCACCAAGGGUAACGAUUUCAUCCUCAAUGGCAAGCUUCGAGACGUUUGCGCCGAAGAAGUCUAUUCGCCACUCACGACUCCGGUUUUCGGGCGUCAUGUCGUAUACGACUGCCCCAACUCCAAGUUGAUGGAGCAGAAGAAGUUUGUCAAAUUUGGUCUCACAUCUGAUGCUCUGCGCUCGUACGUUCGCUUGAUUACCGACGAGGUGGAAGAUUUCGCUCAAAAGUCCCCUGCUUUCAAGGGGGAUCGUGGUAUCUUCGACGUUUGCAAAACAAUCGCCGAAAUCACCAUCUACACGGCUUCCCGGUCUCUCCAGGGCAAGGAGGUCCGCUCGAGAUUCGACUCCACUUUCGCGGAAAUGUAUCACCACCUCGACAUGGGAUUCGCUCCCAUCAAUUUCAUGCUCCCUUGGGCACCCCUUCCACACAAUCGGAAACGCGAUGCCGCCCAGAAGAAAUUGACUGAAACAUAUACGGAGAUCAUCAAGGAACGUCGCAAGGCUGGGACUGAAAAGGACUCCGAAGAUAUGGUGUGGAAUCUCAUGUCGUGCGCAUACAAGAGUGGCAAGCCAGUUCCCGAUGAAGAGAUUGCGCAUAUGAUGAUUGCCCUGCUCAUGGCUGGGCAGCAUUCGUCUUCCUCUACUGCUGCUUGGAUCGUCCUCAAUCUCGCCAAAAACCCCGAGGUUAUGGAAGAACUUUAUCAAGAACAGCUCCGUGUUCUUGGGUCGGAUUUGCCUCCACUUACUUACGAGAGUUUGCAGAAGUUGGAGCUGCACUCUAAGGUCAUCAAAGAAACUUUGCGCAUCCAUGCUCCUAUCCACUCGAUCAUUCGCGCUGUUAAGAACCCGAUGCCGGUGGACGACACGCCAUACGUGAUCCCGACCACCCAUAACGUCCUUUCUUCGCCUGGUGUCACAGCCAGAUCGGAAGAAUACUUUGCUGACCCUCUCAAAUGGGAUCCGCACCGUUGGGAUGAGACUGACGAGAAGACGACCGAGGAUGAAGAGACGAUCGACUACGGGUAUGGCUUGGUCACCAAGGGCACCAAUAGCCCAUAUCUUCCCUUUGGGGCUGGGCGUCACAGGUGCAUCGGCGAACAGUUCGCUUAUGUCCAACUCGGUACAAUCACUGCCGCUCUUGUGAAAUUGUUUAAAUUCCGCAACGUGGCCAAUGUCGAACAGCUUCCCGAUACGGAUUAUUCGUCGCUGUUCUCGAAACCUCUCGGCAAAUCCUUCGUGGAAUUCGAGAGGCGCGAUACGCCCUCCAAGGAAUGA